CCUUCACGGAGCGCUCGCUACUCUCUCCUACUAUGGAUUCGACGGCGGAAUCUCCGCCGUCGGCAUCCGGUGUGGCGGCGACGUCGAUAACGGGAAGGGGAUCACGACUCGGCCGGUUUAACGCAGCGGUGGCUAAGUCGUGGGUGGGCCGGCGGUUCAAGCUGGCGGAGCGCGGCACCACCUUCACAACCGAGCUGCGCGCCGGAACCGCUACCUUCCUGACCAUGGCGUACAUCCUCGCCGUGAACGCCUCGAUCCUCUCCGACUCCGGCGCCACAUGCUCCGUCGACGAUUGCCUCCGCCCCUCCCCCUCCUGCCGCUUCCCUCCCGUGGACCCGGGCUACGCCGCCUGCGUUGACCGCGCCCGCCGCGACCUCAUUGUGGCCACCGCCGCGUCGUCCAUCGUCGGGUCAUUUAUCAUGGGUGCCUUCGCCAACCUGCCGUUGGCUCUGGCUCCCGGCAUGGGCACCAACGCGUACUUCGCCUACACCGUGGUCGGCUUCCACGGUUCCGGCGACCUCCCGUAUCGCACCGCCCUCGCCGCCGUCUUCCUCGAGGGCCUCCUUUUUCUGCUCAUCUCCGCCCUCGGCUUCCGUGCCCGCCUCGCCAAGCUCGUGCCCCGCCCGGUCCGUAUCUCCUCCUCCGCUGGCAUCGGGCUCUUCCUCGCCUUCAUCGGCCUCCAGAACAACGAGGGCGUGGGCCUCGUCGGCUACAGUUCCUCCACGCUCGUCACCCUCGCCGCCUGCCCCCGCAAGUAUCGCGCCUACCUUGCGCCCGUCCAAACCUUCGACAACGGCACCGUGGCCCUCAUCCCAGGCGGCGCCGUCUCCGGCGACGUCCUCUGCCUGCACGGCCGCAUGGAGUCCCCCACCUUCUGGCUCGCCGUCGUGGGGUUCCUCAUCAUCGCUUUCUGCCUCAUCAAGAACAUCCAGGGCGCCAUGAUCUACGGCAUCGUCUUCGUCACCGCCGUCUCCUGGUUCCGCCACACCUCUGUCACCGCCUUCCCGAACACCCCCGCCGGGAGCGACGCCUACCGCUACUUCAAGAAAGUGGUGGACGUCCACCGCAUCGAGUCCACGGCAGGCGUGCUCAGCUUCAAAGGCAUCGGCACCGGCCGAUUCUGGGAGGCGCUCGUCACCUUCCUCUACGUGGACGUGCUUGACACCACGGGCACGCUCUACUCCAUGGCGCGCUUCGCGGGCUACGUGGACGCCAACGGGGACUUCGAGGGGCAGUACUUCGCCUUCAUGUCGGACGCGGUCGCCAUCGUGGUGGGCUCGCUGCUGGGCACGUCGCCCGUCACGGCGUUCAUCGAGUCGUCGACGGGGAUCAAGGAGGGGGGCAGGACCGGGAUGACAGCGCUCACGGUGGCGGUCUACUUCCUGCUCGCCUUCUUCUUCACGCCGUUGCUGGCAUCGAUUCCGGCGUGGGCGGUCGGCCCGCCGCUAGUGCUGGUGGGGGUGCUCAUGAUGAAGGCCGUGACGGAGAUCGAGUGGGAGGACAUGAAGGAGGCCAUCCCGGCCUUCAUGACCAUCCUCCUCAUGCCCCUCACCUACUCAAUCGCCUACGGCCUCAUCGGCGGCAUCGGCACCUACAUCGUCCUCAAUGCCUGGGACUGGGCCUACGCCUCAUGGACUCACUACGUCCUCGCCAACAAGAGCUUACCGUUGGCUGCGGCAGCCAAUGCUGACAGUGGCGACGGCAAUGGCAAGCAUAACGUGAAUGAUAAUACUGUAUAGCAUUAACACUAAAUCAUAACUCUGCCGUUUAUGUCGAAAAAAAUGGAAUUUAAAUGAAAGAAAAUACAAAAAAAUGAUUCCUUGUUUU